CUCGAUGUUCCGAAAGACGCGUGGUGCACGCUGCAGAAUCGUAGGUGGACGUGAAGGGGCGCAGGCGCCGUGCCCAAAAGCGAUAGUCAGUCGUCGGCGGAAGCUGAAACGCGCGGCUUCGGGGUCGCCGCAAAUGCAAACGUGUGGCGUAGCCUACGGCGUGAUAACGCCGACGCAGGUGUAUACAUUUUGCACGCGCCAAUUAUCGACGAGGACCGGCGUGUCGAGCUCGCGGUAACGAUCCGGCCGCGCGAAGAGACGGACAAUGGCCCGAGAACGUUUUUUCGGUCGCGCAGUGCUUCGUAGAUAAGAAGACCAGAAUCCAGAAUAUAAAAAACAAAGAAUCUGCAACGGAAUGCCACGCAUUGAAAAAGAGCAGGUUGAAUGCAAGCUGCAGUCAUCUCGGAAUGCAUCGUCUUGAAGUGAUUACGCUAUCCGACUCUGCGGCCCUGAUUACACUGAGAUGCUCACGAAUAGAUAUGAGACACAACGAUGAAGACCGGCCUCGUGAAUGAACGCGAGAUGGACGUCUGAAUCGAAGCCGUCAUGGCCCCGUUUCUAUUGAUCCUGCCGUUGCUGGCAUCGCUGCGCUACCUGAUACAGCCGAUCGACUGUGCGAUCAAAGGCGGAUCCACGGAAGAGAGCGACCUGAUUGAGCCCCACGCGGGACCAAAAGUCAUCAAGGGUGUUUUAGCGCAAACUGGCGGAAACGCGCUGCUGCCCUGCCAAUUCAACAGUCCUGGAAUAGUAACGUGGAUCAGACGAAAAGACAGACAACUGCUCACAUUGGGUAGAGACACACAUUCCAUAGAUACACGUUUCGUUGUCGCAAACGGUCCUGGCUGGAAUCUACUGAUUAAGAAUGUCAAGCAAGAAGACGCGGGUCUUUACGAGUGUCAGAUCCAGACGGCACCGAUGCAGCAGCGAUUCGUGCGACUGAACAUCACGGAGGCGUACUCGGUGAUACCGGGUGGACCGGAUCUUCACGUGAAGCAGGGAACCAGCCUGCGUUUGGAGUGCCAGCUGAUGGCGGCUGCAGAACCACCCAGCUACGUGUUCUGGUAUCGCGAGGCGCGCAUGAUAAACUACGACAACGAGCCCGGCGUUAGGUUCGAGCUUAGGGAAAACGGCUCCGUGCUCGUCGUAGAAAAGGUAAAGCUCUCACAUGGCGCGAAUUACACGUGUUCGCCGAACAACGCCAGGCCGGCCCACAUCAUGAUACACGUCAUCGAAGAGGAGGAGAAACCGGCGGCCAUGCACGGAGGCGAUCGGCGAAAUUCCACGGCGGCUACGUCAAGCAGCACCAUACUGAUCCUCGUGGCUCUCCUGAUUAUUGCAGAUGUAAGACAGUGCUUCCAGGUUCUCGUCUGCCACGCCACGUGACUAUCGCAAAUGUGAUUGGCAAAUAUCGAGACUUUUUGGCAAAGUUCGUUGAGAGAAGUUCAAAUAUUUCGCACUUUUUUUCGGCGGUUUACAACGCCUUGUCGAAUUCACGUACAUUGUGAUCCUUAGCUCAUUUCACGUCUCGCUCUGGCGAUGCGGGGCGAAACCCAAAGGUUCGCGGAGGAAAAUGUGACAGAUUCCGCGUGGGAUCAAAGAAAAACCUAUUUGCGAGUAAACUUAAAGCGAGAGGAUUCAACUGCAGACAGUUUUCCGAGAACCUGUAUCCCCAGUGGCGAAAUCUAAGGAGGACUGCGAAGUUUCACGUAAUCAUGUAACUUUCGUUUAAAGAAACGUCUUAUUCAAGUGACACUGCUUGAUAGAAACUCCGCUUGAACUCGUAACGAGUGAAUAAUAUUCGUGGAAUGAGAUUUGGUCGUCUUUCGACGUGGGCGAAUUUGUUCGCGAACUUCAAGAACCAACUUGCUGCCUUGUUGUCGUUGGUCAUCAUAAACUCUCGUGCAUUAAAACAAAAGUUUUUUUCCGCGAAAACUUAUCGGCUCUGAUUAUGUUAUAAUAUCUUCAAAGACGAGAUUUUAUUGACCGCUUAUGAGCUAGGAAUAUUACUUAUUUUCUUUUUCUCUCAGUACAAAAUUGUCAAUCUUUUCUGCGUUUCCAGAUAUUCGGAAAUGUAUGUCGAUAAGAAAUUUUAAUAUAAGGGAAUAGGACAAGACGUUAAUCUUUUUUUAUAAUAUUAUCGGUAAAAAUAACAGAGAACAAUCGUGACCUAGCAAUAUAUAUAUAUAUUAAACGAAUUCUUGAACUCUGGCGAAAUUAAAAAUCUUUUUCGACAUCUUUACAUUUCGUAGAGCAUUACAAUCCCAGAUGUAUUACAUCUUCGCGAUGAAAUCUCGUCGUGAGGCAGACAACAUUUCAUCAUGGGAAUCAGGUAUUAUUUGCCCCUUAUAGUUUGGCAAGUUUCUAGCAAGCAGUUUAAUGCAAAUGGGAUAUUGAGUUCUGUAAACAAAAGUUGCGCUUAGAACCGUCGGUUCAACGUUAGCUUUCAAUGUUGAUGAUAAUAAACUCUCGCAAUUUGGCAUUGUAAAUAUUAUAGUAAGAUAAUGAAAUUAUCUCAUAUACGGAUGCGUGCAUUUGAAUUUCAAGUAAAGAUUUUUAAAAAGACUUGUCAGUGCGAAUCAUAGAAUCAGAUUCACACUCAAAAUCGUAUCCAUAAAUAAACUGCCAAUUCGCAACUCGAUUUAAUCAGGAAUAAAAGAAAUAUGUUUACCCGCACGACUCACGCGCAUACUUCCAAAGUUGAUUCUUUACAAUACUUGUAUUUGCUGUAUAUUAGAAAGCAUGUAUCAGCGUUGAAGUCAUUUUAUUUCAUAUGUGUGCAAUAUACAAUAUUGUCGUUAUGCAAAUUGAAUAAAUAUAUUAACAUUCCCUAAUCAGUAAGUUCAAGAAAAUGUAUUGCCAAUAAAAGUUAAAAAUAAAUUUUUAAAUAUGUUAUUUUACAUUAUAAAAAUAUGAGAUAAAAUGUUCUACUUUUACAGAAUUUAUUAGAUGAAGUAUUUAAAUCAUACAUGAUGUUAAGUAAGUAUAAUUAAAUUAUAUUAUUAAAACAAAGGAAUUACAUAUGGAAUUGAAAUGUACAGUCUAAUGAAAUGGCUCGUAAUAAAUUGUUAAAACUUACAACAGUAUUACUACUUUUAACAUUAACGAU